AUGAAUGCCAUCAUUUGGAAUGUGAGAGGUGUAGCUAGUGUAGCUACUCGUCGACGCCUGAAGAAACUUAUACAGCUUCAUCAAGUUUAUCUUCUAGUUCUAUUGAAGCCUUUUGUUCUAUGGCAGAAUUUUGCAUACACACGAUGCUAUCUGUACUUUGACAUGGGAGCUCAGAAUGAAUCGAAUAAGAUCUGGUUUUUCUGGAAUUCGGGGACUAAUGUUACUGUUAUUGUUGAUCAUCCCCAGUUUCUUCACGUUAGAGUUGAGGAUCCCAGACUAGCGCGUGCUAUCUAUUUGACUCCAGUCUAUGCGUCAUGCGAUGCUACUAUCAGGAGAGAUCUGUGGGCGGGUCUUCACCACAUCUCCCUCGAUAUGGACGAUCCUUGGCUAGUUGGAGGAGACUUUAAUGUUAUUACACAUGAUGGAGAGCGCACUGGUCAUAAUACCCGUAAUCGUGGCACUACUACUUUCUCUGAUAUGAUGUUAGACUGUGGUUUAGAGGAUGCGGCUUACAGUGAGACACUUGAACGAACUUCAUCCGAUCACUCUCCUUUACUGCUUCAGUGGGUUUCUGAUGAUGAUUUGGGGCCUAGACCGUUCAGAUUCCUCAAUGUGCGCGAUACUGAGGUCCGGGUUGAUGAGGCUGAGAUAAUAUAUGAUAGAGAUCCUACACCGGAGCACCGUAACUUACUACAUCAGGCCCAGGCAGUUUUGAACCGGACCUUGUCUAUUGAGGAGGGCUUUUGGAAGCAAAAAGCUGGUUCACGUUGGGCAUGUGAGGGUGAUCACAAUACUCGAUAUUUUCAUGCGAUGGUUCAGGGGCGUAAGAUCAAAUCGCGUAUCAGGUCUAUCAGGACACAAGCGGGGGAAGUGUUAUCUACUCCUACUGAUAUUCAGACCUCGGCUGUUGCUUUCUACCAGGAUCUCUUAUCUGCUCCUCCACAACCCUUGGACGACAUCCGUUCUGAUGUCAUUCCGAGGCUAUUGAUGGUGGAUGAUAAUCUGGCACUAAAUCGUCCCCCUUUGAUUCAUGAGGUACGGGAGGCAGUUUUCAGUAUUGAUGCUGAUAGUGUCGCUGGAGGAUGUUUACAGGGCGGUAUUGGAUUCUUUGAUGGUGGUCAUCUUCCACGGGGUUUUGCUGCUACUUCUAUUGUCUUGCUACCUAAGAAGGAUGGUGCUUGUAGAUGGACUGAAUUCAGACCAAUCAGUUUAUGCACAGUGUUCAAUAAGAUUAUUACUAAGCUUUUGAACACUCGGUUGAGUACAUUGCUACUGCGCAUUAUUUCCUCCCCACAGAGUGGUUUCAUCCCAGGCCGUCUGAUUGGAGAUAAUGUUUUAUUGGCUCAGGAGCUUCUCUACACUUUGGAUGACAGAGUACGAGGGGGAAACACUAUGCUGAAGUUAGAUAUGGCUAAAGCAUAUGAUCGCAUGGACUGGGGCUUCAUUUAUUCUGUAUUGGAGGCAUUUGGAUUUGAUCAGAUCUGGAUUGACAGAAUCAGGCGGUGCGUUUCGGAGUGUCAUUUCUCCGUAUGUGGUUUCUUUCCCUCCUCACGAGGACUCAGACAGGGUGAUCCUAUCUCCCCAUCCUUGUUCAUCAUUGCAGCAGACUACUUCUCACGCUUGCUCACUCAGAGGUUUCAGCAGUAUCCCAGUAUGUGUUAUCGACAUGGAGGUAGUACUCUUGUCUCACAUCUCUCUUUUCCUGAUGAUAUGAUCAUCUUUGCCAACAGUCAGAAACAGUCUAUCAGGAGGAUCUUAGACUGCUUGGAGCACUAUGAAGGAGUUUCUAGCCAAUUGGUGAAUAGAGACAAGAGCGAUAUUAUACUAUCCAGACGGGCAUCCACUAGUCAGAUCAGACGACUAGAGAUUUUGACUGGCUUCAGACAUCAGCAGCAGCCUUUCACUUACUUAGGUGUCCCCUUAUUCAAGGGGACUAAGAGGAGCUUCCUUUAUGAUGACCUUAUCCAGAAGAUAAGGAAUAGGAUAUCAGGUUGGGCCUCACGAUUACUAUCGCCUGGGGGUUGUAUUACAUUACUGAGGUCAGUACUUUCUUCCAUACCUUUACAUCUUCUUCAGAUUAUGCAGCCGCCCAAGGCAGUGCUGAAGAAACUUGAGAGUAUCUUUGCCCAAUUUCUAUGGGAUUCUAAGGAUCAAGCACGACGUCUACAUUGGAGGAGUUGGAAGGCGAUUUGCCUUCCUACUGAUGAGGGAGGCCUCGGCUUUAGGAGAUUACAGGAUGUGGUGGACACCUUCUCCAUGAAGCUCUGGUGGCUGUUCCAAUCUCAGAGGUCAUUUUGGGCUCAGUUUUUACUGGGCAAGUAUUGUAAGGGGACGUAUCCUUUACAUGCAGCAGUUCCCAGUUCAGCUUCCCCUACCUGGAAGAGGCUGAAAUCAGUUGGACCACGGACGGAACCACACAUUGCUUGGCACCUUGGAACCGGUCAGAUUUUCUUCUGGCAUGAUUGUUGGAUGGGCGAGUCCACGUUGGCAUCCCUAUUCCCCCACAGACAGCACACAUCUGCGAGGGUACAGGAUUUUUUUUACGAUACUGGGUGGGAUUUUGGACGGUUAUUACAGGCCCUUCCUUCUCACAUAGCGGAACAGAUAGGGGCAAUACCUUUAUGUGUAGAUGCCCCGGACCGAAUUGUUUGGAAAAUUACUUCGGAUGGUGACUUUACCACCAAAUCAGCAUGGCAACUAGUCCGUUCAGUUCGCCAGCCUCAGGACUCAUAUCGACUGUUGUGGAGCUCUAUCUUGCCUGCCACUAUUUCAUUCUUCUGCUGGAGACUGUGGCAGGAUCUCAUUUCAGUAGAUGUUGUUAUUCAGAGGAGAAUUGGAUGUAUGGCAACACUUUGGAGACAUCUUUCAGAUAUCUAUGACUUCAGGGGAGGGGGUCAGACAGAGGUUCCAGAGAUGGCGGGUAUUCUUAGACAGAUCAGAGACCUCAUCUACUUCGAUAGAGACACGGUUUCACACAUCUACAGAGAAGGCAACCAGGUUGCUGAUUCUCUUGCUACAGAAGGCUGGAAUCAUCGGCGCUAUCUAGAGUAUGGACCACUAGAACUGCCUCGAAAUAUUAGGGCGAUAGUGCGGAUCGACAGACAUGGAUUGCCUAGUUUCAGAGAUGCAGAGGAGAACUCAAACAUAAUAGCAGGUAUUUUACUGGUAGCCAAUACACCUGCUUAUAUAUUGUUUGGUUCAGGAGCUACUCACUCUUUUUCAAAGAGUACACUAGAAGUUAUCCUCCCCUCAGGCAAGACAUUGAAAACAGACAAGUUAGGAUGUAAUUAUGGGACCAUUCGUUGUAGAGAAAGGGAAGUAUCUUUUCAAAAACCAGGGGAAGAACAAUUUUCUUUCCUCGAAAUAAAGACGAAACCCCAUCUCCAACUGGUUUCGGCCUUACAAGCCGAGAAAACGCUGAGAAAAGAAACAUCUCGAGGGUUUCUAGUUAAUAUCUUUGGAGAAAAACUAGCAACAAUAAAGAUUGAGGAUGUACUAGUGGUACAAGAAUUUAUAGAUGUGUUUCCAAAAGAUCUACCAGGUAUUCCACCAGAUAGACAAGUGUAA